AAGGUGGAGCCAUCCGUGUACCUCGGUUUCACAGCUCUCGGCUACUCCGCUUUGUGAGCGACGUGAGGCGGUGCGACGUCUGCUCCGUUUGUUGAUUCUACAUUAAAAGGCCUGACUUGGCUACUGUCUUCGAUCUGGCUUGACAACUGUCUUGGAUCUGGCUUGACAACUGUCUUCGAUCUCGUGUUUUUCAUCGGUGUUUCAAAGCCUCGUCUUCUUUCCACUGUCUUCAUCAACACCUCCAGAGUUCGACAUGUCCGCCUCGAAGCGUGUCGACCAGAUCGCUGGCCACCUCAACUACCCCACGGGCAUGUUGGCAGGCCAGGUGGCGAUCAUCACGGGCUCGGGCCAGGGAAUUGGGGCCGAGUGCGCGAGGCUGUUUGCAAACGAGGGCGCAAAGGUCGUGGUUGCCGAUGUCGAUGGCAAAAAGGCCGAGGCGGUGGUGGCGGCGAUCAAGGCCAGCGGCGGGCAGGCGGUCGCGGUCGCGGGCGACGUGCUCGACGACGCGUACAUCAAGACGCUCAUCGACAGGGCGGCUGCGUUUGGCAACGGCAAAAUCCACAUCAUCGUCAACAACGCAGGGUACACGUGGGACGGGGUGAUUCACAAGAUGACGGACAAGCAAUGGCACACCAUUGUCGACCUGCACGCGACGGCGCCGUUCAAGAUUGUGCGCGCCGCGGCGCCGUACUUUCGCGUCAAGGACGGCGAGCCCCGCAACAUCAUCAACAUCUCCAGCACGUCCGGGCUGCACGGAAACGCGGGGCAGAUCAACUACGCGCUCGCAAAGGCGGGCGUGACGGGCGUCACCAAGACGAUUGCCAAGGAAUGGGGCCCGAGUUUCGGCGUGCGCGCAAACACGGUCGCGUUUGGGCACAUUGCCACGCGGCUCACGGCGGCCAAGGAGGAGGGCGCGUUUGUGCAGCUGCCGGACGGCGAGAAGGUGGCGCUGGGGAUCCCGCAGGCUGCAAAGGGCGCUGCGGGCGGCCAGGACGCGCACGCGGACAUUCCUCUGAGGCGGCCCGGCACGGCGACCGAGGCGGCGAGCGCGGUGCUGGCGGUCGCAAGCCCGCUAUUCAGCUACGUGAACGGCGAGACGAUCAAGGUCACGGGCGGGCGGGCGAUGUAGGCAUGUAGGCAUGUAGGGCAUGUAGUCUUGCGCGCUUGAAUGAAGAGGAUGCAGGGACACAGUCUUGGGCAGUUGAGUGAAGAGAUGUAGGGCAUGUAGUCUUGGGCAGUUGAAUGAAGAGGAUGCAGUGACACAGUCUUGGGCAGUUGAGUGAAGAGAUGUAGGGACACAGUCCUGAGCAGUUGAGUGAAGAGGACGCAGGGACACAGUCUUGGACAGUUGAGUGAAGAGGACGCAGGGACACAGUCUUGGACAUCAAGCACUGUUUCGGGACGUCGAUAGUGACGAGCUGAACGUCUGGAUGCUGAAACGCAGCAGCUGGAUUGCCGUGUGGAGCGUGUCCAGUG